AUGUCUCCCGCUAGCAGCCGGUGGCCGGUUUGCCUGCUGGUGAUCACCUGCGUGGUGCCCAGACCAUCCCUGAGUCAAGAGUGCUCCGCGGAGAAAAUGGAAAAUACCAUCAUCGAUAUAAACUUAUCCCUGCCCAAAGGCAUCAGGGGUGCAGAGCCAGUGUACGCCCCGGCCCCAGAGGCUUGCGUUCGCGCUUGCUGCUCGGGGGAAAAGCUGUCAGGAGACAAGAAGUGCAAUUUGAUGAUUUUUGAUGCUCGAAGGACAAGCACGCAUCCAAACUGCUACCUGUUUUACUGCCCUAGCACAGAGGCUUGUCCAAUGAAACCCGCGACAGGAUUUGUGAGCUACAAGAUAACUACAGACACCCAUGCCCUGGAGGAUACAUCCUUCAAAAGUGAGGACUUUUCUUCAAAUGGGUAUUCUUUGUCUUCAGAUGCUGGAGCCUUUAUUUCUCGCAGUCAGACUAGCCAUCAGAAUCAUACCACUGCUUUGCAACAAUCUGUCUUUCAUCGGGCGUCUGAACUCCUGAACCACGUGGCCAAGCACUUAGACAGCAGUGAAUUUCAUACAGUUUUUCCUGAAUCUCAAAGGGCAAAACAUCCUGAGAGCUUAGACCCCAUCCCGAGGCAGAAAGUAAUUAACCUGCCGUCAAAUACGUCUUCUGCUGUUCGAAUCAGAAACCCCUCUGCUUCAUUCCCCACCACUCAGUCUAGUGUUCCUGAACCCAGCAGUACUUCUUUUACUCCUCUGCCUACAGGUACCACCAGACUGGAAUCUCGUACAACCUCUCUGCCUACUGGUGGUGCUAAACCUACUGCUGUCACCACCACCACAGCUACCUAUCCGCCUGCUGCAAACACUAGAGCUAAACCUGGUAUCCCUGCCGCCACCAUCGCUGUUGCUCAUGUUCCUCUUUCCAGUCCUACAACUUCUGCUUCUACUUCAACAACCAAGCGGGUGACCACGAAUUCCAGAUCUGCUACCGCCCCAUCAGGACUAAGAACUCCAGCCAUCCCUCCUGAGCCAACAGUUGUCUCUUCUAACGAUACCAGCCAUGUUACCCUCCUCUCUUUUUCAGGUUUCGCUCUGUCUACUAGUGAUUCCCCCACGGCUUCCCAAAACAACCCUCAGGGUUAUGACCCAUCUGAUUCAGAAAGCUACCUGCCAGAGAGUGUUCUGAGAGGGAAAGGUGUCGUUCAGCUGGGAGAAAAAAGCAGCCUUGUAGCGGCUUUGCUUUUUGGAGUGAUAUUCUUGUUACUAGUUAUUGCACUGACGGGGAAGAAAAUUCAUGAAUCUCUUCAGAAGAGACAUUAUACCAGGCUGGAUUACUUGAUCAAUGGAAUGUAUGCUGAUGUAUGAUGGGGAGAGGGAAUAAGAUAGUGAGGAGCAUCUCUCAUCUUUGAGAGGACAACUCUGAAAUGGAACAGUAGAUAUUGAAAUCUCAGAAUAGGAUGGAUUCCUUUUUUGGCCACUAAUGGGACAGUGGCAGAUGGCUUUGGUGGAGAAGAGAACUGCUUUUUCUAUGCUGAACUGUAAUGUCUAUCAUUUUUGAUUUAUUACUAAAUCUGGAAAAUAAACACUAAAAUCCAAGUUAAGCUAAGAAGGUCUUAUAUUUAAGGAGGAAAAACAUUUGAAGAGCUUAAUCUGUACUGUGACAAGAUCAGUGGAAUAGAAGUACACCUAAUAAAUUGAGUACCUGU